AUGCCAACAGAUAUAAUUUUGUAUGAUAUACGCACCGCUUUAUCUGUGCCUACCUCUCCCAAUACCUGGAAAGUCAGGCUAGUGCUCAACUACAAAAAACUCCAAUAUCGGACAGAGUGGUGCUCAACCACAGCCAUAGAAGCGACAUGCAAACCUCUCGGCAUACCGCCGACAGGAAUUAAGCCAGAUGGAACGCCGCAUUUCACUCUACCAGCAAUCAUCGAUCGAACGGACCCUUCACACCCUAUCUACCUGUCCGAUUCCUUGCCAAUAAUCGAGUAUCUAGAAAAUACGUAUCCUUCUGCGCCCGGAAGAGAGCUCUUCCCCGCCCACACCAAGGCGUUCCAGUCGAUUUUCAACAACUUUGUUAUGCCCGCUCUGUUCCUUUCGCUUCAAGAAUUGGGAAUAUCCGCUUUGUACAAUGCUAAACUACCAGGCGACAAAACAGAUUUUGAGGCAAGGAUCUUAGCGCGCACGGGGAAACACUGGAAAUCACUGGAGAAGCAAGGUGCCGAACGCGAAGCCGCCUUCAGUAAAUUGAAGGGGACGCUCACUAUGCUCAAAACUGCCUGCGACAAAUCUGGGGAAGGCGAGUAUUUGACGGAUGGCCAAGUGUCGUUUGCGGACUUGGCGCUUUGUGCAUGGUUUAUCACGAUCAAGACGACCAGCAAGAACGAUAUCUGGGCCCGUAUCGUUACUUGGGAUGACGGUAAAUGGGCAAGAUACGUCCAUAGUUUCCAAGAAUGGAUGACUGUUAUUUAA